AUGAUCGCCGCCGGCAGUGCUGGCGGCGAGGAUACGGCGGAGGGGGCGGUGGUGGAGAAGACGCUGCUCAACGGGGACGUCUACCGCGGCGGGUUCUCCGCUGGAUCUCCGCACGGGAAGGGCAAGUACGUCUGGGCUGACGGCUGCAUGUACGAGGGGGAGUGGCGGCGGGGCAAGGCGUCCGGGAAGGGCCGCUUCUCGUGGCCUUCGGGCGCCACAUUCGAGGGGGAGUUCCGCAGCGGCCGGAUCGAGGGGCAGGGCGUGUUCGUCGGCCCCGACGGCGCCACCUACCGCGGCGCGUGGGUGGCGGACCGACGCCACGGCGUGGGCGCCAAGAGCUACGCCAACGGGGACUACUACGAGGGCCAGUGGCGGCGCAACUUCCAGGACGGCCACGGACGGUACGUCUGGGCCAACGGCAACCAGUACGUCGGGGAGUGGCGCGCCGGGGUGCUCUCGGGCCGCGGCGUGCUCAUCUGGGCCAAUGGCAGCCGCUACGACGGGGUCUGGGAGAAUGGCGUGCCCAGGGGGACUGGGGUCUUCACGUGGCCCGACGGCAGCCGGUACGUCGGCUCCUGGCCUGGGACCUGCGUCGACCUGCCGGCUAUAAGCGGCACGUUCUUCGCGCCGGUGGGCGCUGGGGCUCCUGCUGCUGUGAGGAAGAGAUCCUCCGUGGAGGGUGUGGGGGAGAAGGCGACCCCGCGGAUCUGCAUCUGGGAGUCGGAGGGCGAGGCUGGAGACAUUACUUGCGACAUCGUUGACGCGCUCGAGGCGUCCAUGCUCUACAAGGAGGCCGCGGCUGUUGCGGGAGGGGCAACGUACACGCGGAAACUGCCCCAGAGGAAUACCCGGCGAGCAGCCAGCGGAGUCCCACGCUGGGCGUCGUCGGCGGCCACCACGCCUGAGAGUAAGCGACCCGGGCAGACCAUCUCCAAGGGACACAAGAAUUACGAGCUCAUGCUGCAGCUGCAAUUGGGCAUCAGGCAUUCCGUGGGAAAGUCUUCGGCCGUGCCGAUGCGAGCACUGCAACCGGGCGAUUUUGACCCAGGGGAGAAGUUCUGGACACGGUUCCCACCAGAGGGUUCGAAGGUUACGCUACCACAUUCAUCUGGAGAGUUCCGAUGGAAGGACUACUGCCCCAUGGUGUUCAGGCAUUUGAGGAAGUUGUUUGCUGUUGAUACAGCGGAUUACAUGCUUGCGAUCUGUGGCAAUGAUGCUCUGAGGGAGCUGUCUUCACCCGGCAAAAGUGGGAGCUUCUUUUACCUUACCCAAGAUGACCGAUUCAUGAUUAAGACAGUGAAGAAAUCAGAAGUCAAGCUGCUAAUUCGAAUGUUAAAUAGCUACUACAACCAUUUCAAUCGAUACAAGAACUCAUUAAUCACGAGGUUCUAUGGUGUACACUGUGUGAAGCCCCUUAAUGGACAAAAGGUCCGAUUUAUUGUCAUGGGUAAUCUGUUCUGUUCAGAAUACCAGAUACAUCGCCGUUUUGAUUUGAAAGGUUCAUCCUAUGGACGAACAGCAGACAAGUUUGAAGAUGAAAUUGAUGAGACAACUACACUCAAGGAUUUGGACCUCAAUUUUGUCUUCCGGUUGCAGCGAUCUUGGUACACCGAUCUCCAUGAACAAUUGGGACGAGACUGUGAUUUUUUGGAAUCAGAAGGGAUUAUGGAUUACAGUUUCUUGGUAGGAGUUCACUUUUGUGAUGACAUCUCUGCCUCAAAGAUGGGAUCCUCUACUUUUACUGCCUCUCCAAAGCUUUUAACAAAGAGUGAGUCAUUUCAAGGUGGUGGCACGCCAGAGCUUUGCUUCUCGGAUGAUGAUUUUGAUAUGGUACCUGAUUGCCACCGGAAACCUCUGAUUAGACUUGGUGCACACAUGCCAGCCCGGGCAGAGCAAGCAUCCAGGAGGAGUGAAUUCGACCCGCUUCUCCUAACAGGUGGAGGAUUCCUGUUCCCAAACCAGACCGGCGAAGUGCAUGAUGUGAUUUUAUUCUUUGGGAUAAUUGACAUCCUCCAGGAUUACAGCUUAAGAAAGCGGGCCGAGCAUGCUUACAAGUCAUUACAGACAGAUCCCAACUCGAUCUCUGCCGUGGACCCGAAGCUCUACUCGAAGAGGUUCCAAGACUUCAUCGGCAGAAUUUUUGUGGAAGAUGGCUAA